CUGUCACUGUCAUAUUAAGUCGUAAACAAAAAUAAAGCAUUAAAAUAUUAUACAUAUUAUUAAACAUAUUUUAUACAUAUUAUGGCUAAUCGAAAAAAAAGUGCAAGUACUAGUGAAUCUACUUCUGGGUCUUCAACAGAUUCCUCUAGUUCUAGUUCUUCUUCCAGUGGCUCAGAAUCGUCUUCAUCAAGUGAUUCAGAUUCUUCAAGUUCCCAGAAUUCCAGCAAACCCCAAUCAGAUGCUGACGAAGCUACCAAAAAAACCCCAGCCACUCAAAAACAAGUUAGAAAAAGCACAGAAAACAAAACACCUACUAACAAAACUUCCGAUUCCAAAUCUACCGGAAAAAAUAAAGUACCAACUCCUAAAAAUAAUAAGCCUGCUGCAGCAAAGACUUAUUCCACAGAUGAAGAUGAUGAGAUUAAAAAGCAACCUCCAAAACGAAAGAGCAAUGUGAAGCCUAAGAGUAGUGCAACAAUUACUCCAAAGUCGUCAGUUUCUCCUCCGAAACCAGCAGCGAAAGGAGCUGGGAAAGUAGCUGCUGCAAAGGCUAAAGCUGAACAGAAACAAGGACCAGUCAGAGGAAAAGAGCCUCCAAAAAUUCGUGCCCAAAAAGUUGCUGCCAAGAACAACACAGAUGCUAAUAAGAAGAAAAGUAUUUUUUCACCUGAGAAUAGUUCAGAGUCAGAUUCUAUAAAGGAAAAGAGCCACAAGGAACACCAACCAAAAGUGAAACCAGAACCUAGAGCUAAGGCACGAACUGUGGAAAAGGUUAGAAAUGAAAAGAAAGAGGAUAAAGUUAAAUCAAAGGAAAUUGUUGAAUCUUCUGCCUCUUCAGCUGCGUCUUCAGGGUCAGGCACAAGCAGCAGCUCAGACAGCGAAAGCAGUGCCGAAUCCUCAACAAAUACAAGAAAAGUAGUGAAAAAACCAGUCAAAAAGCCUUCAGUCGUCCAUAAGGAUGCUCCCAACAGCGAGUCAGAAAAUGAAAAUCCCGUAAAGAGUAAAGUGACGAGGAAACUGACCAGAUCGGCGAGUACAAGAAAAUCUAAACACGUCCUGGGCAAAAACGUUUAUUCUGAUACUGAUUCCGAUACUGAGAGCACUAAAAGGUCAUUGUCUAGAUCUCCAGUUAAGAAGGCACCAGCAGUUAGUAAGGGUAAAACUAAGAAACGGAGAGAAAGUAAACACAAGAAUAGUGAUUCUCCUGUUGAAGAGGAAAGAUGUUGUCCUCUGGAAGGUUGUGAUAGUAAUGGUCAUUUGAGUGGCAAAUUUGAGAAGCACUUUACGUUGGAAGGUUGUCCUAAAUAUCACAAUAUAUCACAGGAUAAAUGCAAACAGUUGCUCGACGAAAGAAAGAAGCGAGAAGAAGCUCGAAAAAAAGCUCUAGAAUUUCACAAAAAAACACCACGACCGAAUGCCACUUCCGAACAAAAACAGUUUUUGCAACGAAUAAGGGACAUGAGAGCCAAAUUCAAAAUGGAAAUAAUUGAAGAUAUAAAACCGUGCGUUGAUCGCACGAAGGAACCAGAUCUCAACAACUUUGUACCAGAGUACGAUCUAAAGUUGUUUCAAGACGCUCAAGCUUUGGCAAGCGAGAUGAUCGAGGAAGAUCUGAAGAACCUUCCGAGUUCCAAAGGAACAAAAUACAUAGAAAUGGGCAAAUUCGAGAUGGAGGUUUGGUACCAAAGUCCCUAUCCAGAAGAUUACGCCAGACUCCCAAAACUGUACAUCUGCGAGUUCUGUCUUCGAUACAUGAAGUCACAUACGAUUUUGCACCGUCAUAUAGUAAAGUGCGUGUGGCGCCAUCCCCCGGGCGAAGAAGUGUAUCGUAGAGACAAGAUUUCGGUGUGGGAAGUGGACGGAAAGCGGUAUAAACAGUACUGUCAAAAUUUGUGCCUUCUUGCUAAGUUUUUCUUGGACCACAAAACUUUAUACUAUGACGUGGAGCCGUUUUUGUUUUAUGUGAUGACCAUGGUCGAUAAUGAGGGAUGCCACACGGUGGGGUACUUCAGUAAGGAAAAAAAUUCAUUUCUAAAUUACAACGUGUCUUGCAUCCUUACUUUACCGCCUUACCAGAGACAAGGCUAUGGAAGGCUUCUUAUUGAUUUUAGCUACCUCUUAACCAGAGUAGAAGGCAAAAUCGGCUCUCCUGAAAAACCUCUCAGCGACUUAGGCUUAAUUUCAUACCGUUCCUAUUGGAAAGACGUCCUCUUGGGAUACCUCUGCUCCAGAGCUGGCACCACCUUAUCUGUCAAAGACAUCAGCCAAGAGAUGGCAAUACAUUCUUAUGACAUCGUAUCUACUUUACAAGCUCUAGGAAUGAUGAAGUAUUGGAAGGGUAAACAUAUCAUUCUAAAGAAACAGGAUGUGCUCGACGAAUACGUGGAAAGAGUGAAGAAACGGGGAUCCAUGUUGAAAGAGGUUGACCCCACGUGUUUAAGAUGGAAUCCUCCUCAACCAGCUUCUGGUUGAAAUAGAAAUAAAUUAAAGGGUAAUGUUUUAUAGAGUCAACACAAGGUUUAUGGUCACUGCCUCUAAAACAAUGAAUGGAUAUCAUGAUUUCAAAAACAUAUUUUUAUAAUUUUUAAUUUUAUAUAUUUAUAAAUGAUUGUUUUGUAUUCAAUAAGAAUAAUCGUUCAAACAACU